AUGAAUAAACGAGACGGCAAUAAAGAAAAAGAACGCCAGACUGACGAUAAAAGAACUUCUGCCGCGACUGGUGCGGUGGGCGGGCGCGGCGUGGGCGGCAGCAGCGCGAUGCACACGUCGCGGCACUCCGUCACCUCGUCCUCGGGCGUCCUUAUGGUCGGGCCCAACUUCCGAGUGGGCAAGAAGAUCGGCUGCGGCAACUUUGGAGAACUUAGACUCGGAAAGAACCUCUACAACAAUGAACAUGUAGCCAUAAAGAUGGAGCCUAUGAAAUCCAAGGCUCCGCAACUACACCUAGAGUACAGAUUUUACAAGUUACUAGGCACGCACGCGGAAGGGAUACCCGAGGUGUAUUACUUCGGGCCGUGCGGUAAAUACAAUGCGCUGGUGAUGGAGCUACUCGGCCCGUCGCUCGAGGACCUGUUCGAUCUGUGCGGGCGACGCUUCUCUCUAAAGACUGUUCUAAUGAUCGCCAUGCAGCUGCUUCAUCGUAUCGAGUAUGUCCACACAAGACACCUCAUAUAUCGGGACGUAAAGCCGGAGAAUUUUUUAAUAGGUAGAGCAUCGACUAAAAGGGAAAAAAUCAUUCACAUCAUUGAUUUCGGUUUGGCCAAAGAAUAUAUAGACUUAGAGACAAACAAACAUAUCCCAUAUCGGGAGCACAAGUCGCUCACCGGGACUGCCAGAUACAUGUCAAUAAACACACAUUUAGGCAAAGAGCAAUCGAGACGCGACGACCUAGAAGCUCUCGGGCACAUGUUUAUGUAUUUUUUACGUGGUUCCUUACCCUGGCAGGGUUUAAAAGCAGACACACUUAAAGAACGAUACCAAAAAAUCGGCGAUACCAAACGGGCAACACCAAUCGAGGUGCUUUGUGAAGGUCACCCAGAGGAACUGGCGACGUAUUUACGAUACGUACGCCGGCUGGACUUCUUUGAAACGCCCGAUUACGACCAGUUAAGACGUAUGUUCCGCGAUCUUUUCGAGAGGCGCGGCUACGUCGACGACGGCGAGUUCGACUGGACCGGCAAAACGAUGCCUGCCAAUAUGCAUGUGAUGAGAGUUUUACGCAACGCACCGCCGUCCAAUAUUGUUAAAAAUAAGUCCGAUAAGUCUACACCGGUGGGCUCCAUUCAGACAGGCCACGAAAUCGUCGUCUCGCCCAACCGCGACAGACACCAGCCCUUUCACAAGGAUGAUUUGUGUGAUUAUAUAAUUGGUUUGGUUGAGGACGAUGAGGCGGCCCUCAUAUGCGGAGAGGGGGCUGUAAAAGACUCUGCUGGUACGGGUGGAACGGCUAACACGGGCGGCAAUUGGCCCCAUAGCGGUAAAGCUACGCCCUUGACUACAGGACAUCUGACGCCCGCGGAUAGGCAUGGAUCUGUUCAGGUGGUGAGUUCUACGAACGGGGAACUGGGAGCAGACGAUCCCACUGCGGGUCACAGCAAUACCCCCAUCACGCAACCGCACCAUGAGGUGGACGUGGUCGACGACACCAAAUGCUGCUGUUUCUUCAAGCGUAAAAAGAAGAAGUGCGCGGCGCGUGCGGGCAAGUGA